GUAUUCUUUCCCUUGUCCACGGACUAUCUUUCCGAUCGCUGGGAAUUUUCUUCUUCUUCUAUCUUUCGCCUAUUCAAAAGCCACUCUCCCUGGCGAUGACUCUGGUAUAAGUCACUAUCUCGAGGGACUGUACAUACUUUGAUAUACACUUAACUUGUGAUUGACUUUGCUCCACACAUAAAAUCCCCGCUCACGGCCAUUGGGGGAGAAAUCCGUCGAUCAUGGGUAAACAAGACAGCAGAGAUUUGGCGGCCUCGCUGGUGCCUGAAUAUGCUCAGCCAUGGGACAAGGAGGUCGAACGACGAGUGGUUCGCAAGACUGACCUCUUCCUCAUACCCUUGAUGUGGUUUGGCUAUGGACUGGUCUAUUACGACAAGGCCAUCUUGGGUGGCGCCGCCGUCUUUGGCAUGACCACCGAUUUACAACUCAGAAUCGUAGUAGACCCAACCACAACCCCGCCAACCGUAUCGACUACUCGUCUCAGUUGGGCCACUUCGCUCUUCUAUUUCGGCAUGCUUGCCGGAGUUGGUCCCUUGACUUAUCUCUUCCAAAGACUGCAUCUUGGUCGAACCAUUGGCGUAGCCAUCAUCAUCUGGGGCGCCAUCGCAAUGUCCACCGCCGGCGUCACCAACUAUCAAGGCCUUUACGCCCAGCGGUUUUUCUUGGGCUUCUCCGAGUCAAUAGUCCCAACCGCUUUCAUGGUCAUCAUCUCCGGCUUCUACACCCAGGCUGAACAGACCUGGCGACAGUGUCUUUGGUACUCGGCCACUGGUGGUUGGACCAUCAUUGGAGCAGCCAUCAACUACGGCUUUGCGCACAUUACCGGCGGUGACUUGAAGAAAUGGCAGUACUUGUACCUCAUGGCGGGUUCGCUGACCGUCUUGUACGGUGCAGUGUUUUUCUUUUUCCCCAACUCGCCCGCACAGGCCUGGUGGUUCACUGAAGAGGAGAAAAGAGUCGCUAUCGAAAGACUUCGCAUGGGCCAAAUGGGUGUCCGGUGCCAGAAGAUCAAAUGGGCUCAAAUUCGAGAAGCGCUCCUGGACGUCAAGGUCUGGAUCAUCUCAAUCAUGAUGGGUGCCGCCUAUUCCGUCAACGGAGCCGUCUCAGGCUUCGGUCCUCUGAUCGUCUCGACUUUUGGCUGGAGCUCAUACGAUGCCCUGCUGUGGCAGAUGCCUUUGGGAGCUGUCUGUUUCGUCGGCAUUCUUGCUGCGGGUUACCUCAGUCUCAAAGUCCCCAACAUUCGCUUGAUCAUGAUUAUUGUUUGCUGCCUUCCCACCAUUGCCGGGUGUGCCAUGAUCUGGAAGUGUGACUGGUAUUACCGUGCCCCAGGCCCUAUCGCGGGCUACACCAUCAUUGGAUUCUUCGCUCCAGUCACGAGUCUGAUUGUCAGUGUGGGAAUGGUCAAUGUCGCAGGCAACAGCAAGAAGAGCUUCCAGGCCGCUGCCAUUUUUUACUUCUACAACGUCGGCAACAUUGUGGGUCCCCAGUGGGUGAGAUCUGAACAAAUCGCGGACCAUUAUCCUCGACUCUGGCAGGGUGUCAUUGGAUGUUAUGUCUUGGUCGUCGUCCUUGCCGCCACUCUGUACGUGAUGCUGGCCAGAGAAAACAGAGCCCGAGACAAAAUGAAUCUGGACGAGAAGGAGGCCGAGAGAGUGGCUUUUGAUGAUUUGACUGACAAACAGAACAAGUAUUUCCGCUACGCAUAUUAAUGAUGUCGUGGAGGUAAUGGAGAUGGGGGAUAUUGGUUAGAAGGACAACUUUAAUGACAAGAUAGAGAUUAUAUCAGCACACACUAGCACACACUAACACAUACCCACCUUGAAUAGAUUGACCAUUUGAG